CAAGCAACACACGCACACGCGCGCACGCACACACACAAACACACACAGCACUUCUGUGUUUGUCAGACUCAAAUCCGAGGGAGAGGAGCUAGCCGCCAUUUUCUAAGCGUCUCUCCCUAAAACGAGAGAAAAGGGCUCGCGACAAACUGCCAUCAGGAUUACAUUUCGCUUACUGAGAAUCGGGAUUUUUGUUCAGGAGUGCCGUGAAAUCCUCUACAUGUGAAGUAUUUCGGAUUAGAAAGGACUGUUUCACGGCCUCGUCUUAUAUUCGCUGUAGCGGCGAGGCGAGCUAGCAGCCGAGCGAGGUGUAGAUCGUUGAUUCGCCCGUCGCCUGAAUCCGGAACGGACCCGGGCGGCUCUGUGAACUGGGCCUUUUCUGGCAUUCUGGUUGCAUUUUUGGACCCGUUGAUGGCAUAGUGAUCGAGUCAAGACGCGUUUUUGUGAUAGCACCCUUGGUUUUUUUCACCAAAAAACUGCAGGGGAUUGUUGCCGAAAUUCCCUCGGAUAGUGCAACCUCGUCACGUGGCUGUCCUCUGGGGCAGUAAGCGGGUGGUGUGGAGCAGGCCGCGGUGCCCGUCCCUCUGCACUGCAUGGCUGCGAUGGCGCCCGCUCUCACCGACGCCCCAGCCGAAGCUCACCACAUCCGCUUCAAACUGGCUGCCCCAUCCUCAAGUCUCUCACCGGCCAGUGCAGAGAACAACGGUAACGCCAGCAACAUCCUCAUCCAUAGCAGCGGCCCCGCUAAGUGCAAAGCCGCCCCCGAAGAGUGUCCUCUUGACUUUUGUGGCGGCGACCAGGAGCAGCAGCAACAGCAGCCCCAAGCCGACUCUGUGGCCCAGGCCUCGGCCCUGGGCAAGCUCCAGCCACUGGUGGCUUCUUACUUAUGCUCUGAUGUGACACCUGUCCCUUCAACUAAGGAGUCAAUCAAGCUUCAAGGAGUCCUCAUCAAACAGUCUGUGUUGAAAAGCCACAGAAUACUGCCCAGCUCUCUGCUAAACGGCGGAGGAGACUUCCUUUUGAGGAAGAGGCAGGCGAUAGAACUUUCUGGCGGCCAGCUCAAAAGCCUCAUGAGUGGCAGCACGAACGGAGGUGGCCAGCCCAUGGCACCUGUCAAUGGCCUGGCCAAGAAGCUGGCCACUAUGUCUGGCUCUGGCUGUGUGAUGGCAGUGAAUGGUGACAAGCCUUCUGCCACCACAGACUCCCAGUCCCAGAACCUGCCCUUGGACUCUGAGACCUUGACAGCUACCUUAUCAGGGCAUAUCCCGGUGAAAGGAACCCUUAAACAGAAGCAUUCCUCUGGGGUUUCUCAAAAUACAGAUGGAAAAAACCUUGAACCACCAGUGCUUCAGUCUGCUGCACUUUCCCCCUUUACCCAUGACAACCCUAACCCCUCUGUACAAGUGAAUUUGGAGGAGGCUGAUUCACACACGCCUACCAGUCAGCCACAGGGUUCGGACAGGGAGAGACCAGGUAGCAGCCAGCAGGGCUCCCCUUCUUGCACACCUUCACCACAGCCUCCUCUUCCUUGUAGUUCUUCCUCGGACAGCCUUGAGGCCCACGUUAGGGAGCGCACCCUUCUCAACACCAGCCGCCAAGCUGAGAUCGAAAGCCGGCUGCGGCGCUUGCGCAAACGUCUUCAGGUGGUACAGGCUAAGCAAGUGGAGCGGCACAUUCAGCAGCAGCUAGGUGGCUUCUUGGACUCGGCUCUCAGCCGGCUGCUGGCUGGGAACCGUAAAGAGGCGGCAACCCCUACAGCUACAUGGAGGACUGGACGCCACUCUUCCUCAAACAACAGAGACGGUCUCAGUCGCUUCCUGAAAAGUGGCUCCAUGCCCUUGGAACUGGAGAGGCUGUAUCUGAGCGGAUCAGCCAACCUUCAUUCAGCAGAAAGCGCCUUUGACUCAGAUGUAACAGAAAGUAGCUCUGGAGGGGACUCUGACCUGGAGGAGGAGGAGCUGACCAGAGUGGACAUUGAACAGCGACAUGUCAAAAUAUGGAAGCGGGCGGAGAGCCGCUACACAGUGGAGAGAGCUGCCAUCAUCAGCCACUGGAACUGGCUCCAGGCCCACAUCUCGGACUUGGAGUACCGCAUCCGACAGCAGACCGACAUCUACAGACAGAUCCGCGCCAGCAAGGGCUCAGUAGAGUUAGGAGGUGUCGCCCCCGGUGUGGUGCCUGCAGGUGGGCCAGAAGUGAAAGCGGAGCCUGUAAAUACUCAGGAUGUCGGUUCAGAACGGCUGGAGCACACGGGCACCGCCCACGUCACCAACACAGAGCCCGGGCCUUGGAAAGGUCAAAACGGACAGCCAGUUAACGGCGUCCUCAGCAGGAUGGCAGAGAGUGCAGACGGCAAGCACCAGCAGCCGUACGACAGCACAUGCGUGGCUGCGCGCACACGACCACUAGUCAGCUGUCGGCGGCGGCGGCUCCUUCAGCCCAACACUGUGCCCAAUCUCAACGGCAAGGCCCAGAGAAGCAGCUGUAUCCAGUGUAACUGCAGGGUUAACCCCAGCUGUGUGAUGUGCGGUGGCUGGCCCACCCCCAGAGAGGACCCUCAGUAUGAGCUGCCCACCCUGGAGCGCCUGUCAAGACUGGAUCUUGGCGUCCACCCCAUCCUCUCCUUCCCUGACGACGUUUGUAUAGGCCUACGUCUGCAGCAGGUGAUGAAGAGCCAGUGGCAGACCAAGUCACUGGAGAGGAGCAAACCACUGAAGAAGCUCUCCCUCAAACACAAGCUUUCCUCGUCCAAAGAGAAGCACAAGUUCGCCAAUUCACUCAUGGCAGUCAGUGUUGCAGGACUGGGCCACUAUAAGAACCGUGCUGAGAAGCCGAGGACAGCGGAAAGCGGCGUGGGGGGCGGCGGCGGCGGCGGCGGCAGCAGCAGCAGCGGUGGCAGCAGCAGUACCGCCGUGCUGAACACAGCCAGGCUGGAGGGCCAGGCCGUGUGCAAGACCGAGCGACUGCAGGCCCUCUCCACCCCCUUAGGGCCCUACGACAAGAACUACAGCCGCAAGAGAUUAAGAGAGCACUCGAUGGACAGGACUGACUCCUCCCCUAAACUUUUCCUGGACUCAAGCAGCCCCUGCCCAACACUGGCCAACAUGCACUCGUCCCUUCACAGCCCCCUCACACGCCAGCUGUCCACGUCUUCAGAGAACUCCACACCACUGGGCCCCGGCAGCCAGAGCGUCCCGAACACACCUCAGCAGCCCAUUAAGAGGAGGCGAGGUGAAAGCUCUUUUGACAUCAACAACAUAGUAAUCCCCAUGUCUGUGGCCGCCACCACCAGAGUGGAGAAGCUGCAGUACAAAGAGAUUCUCACACCCAGUUGGCGAGGAGUGGACAUCUUCUCACAGCCCAUAACUGAAGAGGAGAACGAACGGGAGGUGGAGGAUCUGUCAGACGCAGCUUUCACUCAGCUCCAUCAGCCUUAUGAGGACCAGGAGCGGACCCGCUGGACUUGGAUGGCCUUGGCUCCCGCUAAGAGGAGGGGCAGCAGGUCGUACAAAUCUGUCGACGGGCGGACCACGCCGCUGCUGUGCGGGACCAACCCUCCCACCCCUCAGCCUGCAUCCCCAGACCCGGGACACUGCCCCAUGCUCCACGACUACAGCCACGUGCCCUCGCCAAUGAGUCCGGCCAGCCCCGACACCGCCUCCAACCCCCACACGCCCUGCUCGAGGGACUCCCAUCGGCUGCUGUCCAGCGAGGACACACGGUGCUCCACGCCGGACUUCACCUUCGAAGAAAGGACGGUGGCGCCAUGGGAACGUCGAGGCUUCCCCCUGCCAGAAGACCCGGCCCCGGAGCCCGAGCCGGAGAGCGAUCACCACAUCAGGCCCAGAAUGCGCAGCAUCUCAGGUUGCCGAACAGCCUACGGACGACUGGAUUCAGAUGACAUGGACCUGCCUUGCGGCGGCGACGACGACAGCGGCCCCAAACACAAGGCGUCCACCCACCGAUGAAUGACUGACAGGCUGAGGUCCCACGGCUCCCCACCCACAGCUCCUCUCUGGCAUUAACAAGCUGAACCUCAAAAGCUGAAUAAAGAUAUUAAAAAAUGGGUUAUGUUAAUGGCAAAAAGAUAUUAAAUGGGUUCCUGUUGUUUGAUAUUCAAACAUCAGUCUAAUACUUUUCACAGUUUUUAGUGAACAUUAUGGAGAUAGAAGCCUUUCCCUACACUUGUUUUUGUCACAGGAAAAAAAAAGGAUAAAUGUUAAAAAAAAAAAAAGUAUAAAACAACACGUUACAAAAAAUGAUUUCUGUAGUAGGCUAAACAAUGUACAUGGGGGCUUAGUGGUGUUUCAUAUGUCGCGUGUACACUUGUAGCGCACUAUGUAGCGGACUCCUCAAAAUAUGGCCAAAGGGUGUUUUCUAUUGACUAGUUUGCUUGUAAUUCCCAUGUACAUUUUUAGUGGAGUGACAAAUAACAAAACAAGAAAAAAUUACCCUCCUACCACCCCGCCAUCGACUCCCACUCCCACCCUCCUCCUCCCCUACACCCUCAUCCAAAUAAACAGGUACAUUUGAGAUGUGGCCCCCCCCCCCCCAAGCCCCCACUCCCCUUCCCCCCUCCUCCGUCUUCUUCUUCUUCUCCCUCUAGAGGUCGCCUGAAAUCACCAGAGCACUUCUCCAACUGCCAAGUCUAGUUUUGUCGGUUUGCUUUUCUUUGUUUGUUUUUUUUUUUUCAUUCCUGACAUGUUUUAUUUGUAAUCUGUUCUGUCUGUUCCAGCGUAACACAUUCUUUGUGUUGUUUUUUUUUGAAUAGUAAAAUCAUUCCUUUUUACAGUCUCUCUUUCGGGACAGUGUCGGCUCCUGUCGCCCCCCCCCCCCCUCCCCCCCCGCCCCUCGCGGUCUCUUACUCUCUCUCAGUUCUGUUAAAAGACGGUGACGGCAUAGAGGACUGGGGUGUCUUUUUGAGCACUUGCCCGGCAGAAAGCGCUGCUGCAUGCUGAGAAACAUGCUAAUGUUAGUCUUAUCACAACAGCACACAGAAGAUUUCCACUUAUUAAGAGAAAAAAUAAAUAAAUAAAGGUAACAGGGAUGAUUGUACAAUCUGCUAAUUUCACUCCCUUUUUCCUCUUCGCAUACAGUCUUUGCUGUAUUACGUUUAGAAAAGUCAAAUUGUGGCAAAAUAAAGACAUAAAAAUUACCCCCCCGCUCCCCUUCCUCUCUUUUUCUGGGUCAGCUUGAUCAGUUUUUUCUCUUGCAAACAUUUUAAAAUGUAGCAGCUCUCAGCUAGAAGCCACCCCAAGCUCAGGUUCUUCAAUUUAAGGGAAUAUUUUCUGCUGUUAAAUAGUUUCAAUAUCAGAUUGAUACGAUCUAAACUACUCUGUUGCAAGAAGGAUUUUGAUUUUACCACCCCACAAUGUCAUAACCACACACACACACUCUUGCCCCCCCCCCUUAAGUAACUAAUUGCUAUGCAAAAAAAAUCUGGUUGUUUUUUUUUUUUUCACCUGUUUUUAUGCCACAGCCAUUCAAUCACUGUUUUAUUUUGUAGUUAAGCAAGAUGUCAAUGUACCUGUUCGAUUGUUGCAGCAGUUAACCUAAUCAAAAAAUUUUUUUGUUGUUUUUCUUUUUUGUAAAUAGUACCAUUAAAACAUUUAUGUUUAACUUGG